AUGUACACAGUUUUUAAUACAGACACAGCUCCUGUGCAACAACAAUCAAUCAGUCCCAGAACCAUGAGAUGAAAACAGACAGGAUUUUUCGCUUAUUUAAUGUUAUGUGCGGACUCAAACAGGAUUAAGAAAACCAUCUACAUAGCAGCAUGUGAAGUUUUAUUGUGGCAUUAUUUAUGCCACCAAUACUCUUUAUAAAGAAUCGGAAGUGGCUGAAAAAUAAAAUGGCACCAAAAAACAGGACCAUUCAAGGAGCAAGUUAAGGGAACUUAAGAAAAUGGUGGGAGCAAACCCUGUGCAGUGGUUAUGUGCCCUACUCUGCACCCUGCUGUACACACCAGAAACACAAGGUUCUGCACUUCUAGACUCCCUUACCUGUGUGAAUAACUACAAAACACACUGGAUAUGUCGGUGGAAAGAAAGCAGACAAGCUCAUAAACUGCUCCCAAUGAGCCUCUACCAUUGGAACGAUCUGGGCAGCAGCAAGAGCAGACAACACUGUGACCCAGACCAUUCUGACAGCCAACACGUUGGGGAACGUUACAUGACCUGUCGCAUUAACGAAAGGUUCAUCACUGCAAUGAAUACCAAAUACACAUUCCUGCCGGAACGCACUGUACAUGUAGAGACUCAUAUCAUUCCAGCCUCUAAGGUACGGAUGCCAUCUCCAGAAGAUGUAAUGGUCCAUACAUCUGAAAAUGGUUGGAUCACUCUGACCUGGAAGAUGCCAGAUUACAUUUCAACUACUGUAUCUCUGCUGUACCAAAUCGCAUACUGCAGAAAGAACUGGGAAACAUGGGAGGAUGCUGUCAUACUUAGUGUUCUGGGAAAUACAGAAGUCAGCUUUAGCCCACAGUUAUUUGUCCCGGGAAGCACCUACCUGUUUAAAGUUCGAUCUGUAAAGGACGAAGAUCACCAGUUCCGCAGUCCUUGGAGCAAGGAGUCAGCCUGGACAAUGCCCCAAGUGGAUGAAGCAGUUCCUCAAAAUCUACAUUGUGUAUAUGAUGGUUUGACACAGAUGAGAUGCAGCUGGGAGGUGAGAAAGGAAUUGAUCAGUUCCGUGUCCUACACGUUGUACUACAGAGAGCUACCUACAGAUGGCGAGAGUGAGAUCUCCACUGCUAUCAGCGGCACAUCAGCUGAAGGAGAGAAAUCUUGUGUCAGUGAAGCGAAUCAAACAGAAAAUGGAGCAAUGUAUGUACAGUACAGCUGUACUCUGCAAAUACUCUCUUCCCAGGCAAAUAACUCCUUUUUCAUCGAGGUCAGGCCCCAGGAGGAGGUGAAAAGUUUCAAGCCCUGUGAAUAUAUUCAGACUGAGCCUCCAACAGAUCUACAGAUAAAGGACCAGUUAAGCCACGGAUACAUGCUGAGGUGGAGCCAACCGGUGGUUGAAUUUGCCACUAUCCAAUUGACAUACCAGUUGUGCUAUUGGAAGCAGGGAGACCCAGAAUGUCUGGAUGAGUUAUUGUUGAAUGUCUCUGGAAACCUGCCUGAGUAUUACAUUCCAAGUUCUGAACUUCAGGGCUCCACUGACUAUACAGCUAGAGUGCGUGCAAAGCCUGAUGGGAAGUCUGGCUACAAUGGUCCAUGGAGUGACUGGAGUCAAAGUUGCUCAUGGAAGACAGACAAAGUUGUGGAUAUACAGAGCAUAUGCAUUUCUGCAGGUGUUAUCUCCAUGGUGCUCUCAGUGUGUGCCUGUCUGGGGUACAAGCACUUCAAGAGAGUGAGGCAGCGUUGGAUUGACUCCCUACCCAACCCCAGCAAAAGUAAACUGCUCAGCAAAUACCCACUGGGAUACUGGAGUCUGAAUUUCUCGCCAUUCAUAGGCCAAGAUUUCUAUGCAGAAAAAGAAGAGCCAUCGGUCUGCUUCCAGAUCGGUCCAAAGGAUACGCCAGAGUCUGCAACUGAGGCAGUAAAAGAAUUUGGGUUACCAAUACCUUCAAAGCCUGAUGUUUGUCCACUGGGACCUUAUUCAGUGGCUCCACCUAUAGAGGAGACUGCUAAGCAUCACCAGUCCACCUGUGAAUUGCAGGACAGUAGUGGAACCUGUGACAUAACAAGGGUGCCCAUAUUACAGCCUGCAAAAGAUCCCUCUAAUCUGUGUUAUAAUAGACUCUCAUUUACUCAUAUCCAUUCAAUGUCAGAUUUAAAAGUGAGGCAUUCUGGAUAUUUUACCCUUCCCAAUAGCCAAGCCAACGUCUUUAAUCUACCCAAUGAGGAAGCCCCAUCCUGCCAAACUGGUCAGGCUGCAAGGCAAAUGGGUUAUGUAUUUAGCAUGGAAAAUCAGAUUCCUCCAAACAUGCGCCAGAUGGAAGAUGUGAAGAAACAUAAACCUGGGAAUAACAGCUACUUUGCCAUUCCUUCACCCUCUGACAUACAGGUCUCCACGGAAGGACCCUUGAUGACAAUUAAUCCUGAUGGGACUGGGCCAAUUGUGUUGAAGCAGGUAGGAGAUUACUGCUUUUUCCCUGGACUUCGCGCAAGCCAAGAAAAUUUAGAAGGAAAGCUAACAUCAACCAGUGGACAAAAGCAGCAGCAGGUACUGGAGGACCAACCACUACCUGCUGUACAAGCAUUCAAAGUGAUGCAAAGAGGUUACCUAGCUUUGGAACACACCUAGGUACCUCAAUACACUUGUCUUAGGCUGUGUUUGGGAAAUCAGUGAGUCACCCCAAAGGUUUUAGGUACAUCUUUAAAUCAGGGUUCAUGUACAAAUUAUAUCUGUCAACCAUGAAUAUUUUUGUUCAUGUAUUGCUUUGAAGGCUUCAUCCAUAAUUAAACCCAACAUCCA